CUACGCUUGUCUCCACUUCUGCGCAUGCGCUUUAAAAGUCCUCCGCCCUCUCUCCACCCCCUCCCCUCAGGAGGACCAGCCCAUGAAGGAAGGAGGCGGGUGGGAAGGCUUCCCUACAGAGUGGCAUCAAGACUGUCUAAUACUGGGAUGGAAGAAGGUUCUGGCAUACCAGUCGCACUCCACUCUUCCACUUACGUGAAUGAUCAUGUCGGCUUCUGUGGCAGCAUCAAAACAUCCCCAAGUGACUUUAUAGUGACAGAAAUUAAUAUGUGCGGGCAGUUAGUUAAUGAGAUUGCAGUGGACUCUCUGCCUAAAUCUGGUGGUACUUCAUCAGACCAAGGCAGGAGCCAUCAGGGGGAUUCCAAAAGGCUCAGGCUGAGUCCUUCAGAGCAGCGCAUAGACGAGGAACAUUGCAGAGGCCAAGAUGAGGACCUUUAUUGUACCUCAGAAGUUCUUCAUUCCACAGUUAGAGAAAGUGAAGAACAUGAAAUUAAUAACGUACUUGAAUGCCACCAUGACAAAGCUGUGACCCUGGAUUCCUUAUUAGAUACGAAUGUAAAGGAGCAACUAAGUCACUUUGCUUGCUGUGUAAAAGAUACGUGGAAUUCUAAACGUGAGGCAGACACUGAAUUCUCUCUUGGUCCGAUCCCAGACAAAAAGGUCCGGGCCAGCGUACAUGGUGCCAUUAGACAGGAAUACCCUUUCUUAGCUACAGCUACAAAGUGUGGCGAGAUUGUUGUAAAAGCAAAUCAGGAUUACCAGGAACUCUGUAAAUUAGUGACUGAAGAGGAAGCUUCAGCUUUUCUACAAUUUAUAGAUGCCAAAUUAGAAAGUUCCAAGUUUGCUUUUAGACCCGAUGGGAAUAAGGUGCAUCGUACAAGCGUUCACCAUUUCCUUAGUAAAAAGUUUGGAAAGCUUGUGGAAACAAAGUCUUUUCCUGACUCCGAGCAGAAAGUUGUAAUUGUGGUAAGGUUUCGUGAGAAAAAUGGAUUCCGGAAAAGGACUAAUGUUGAGAGCAGAGAGAAGGAAGACAUUUACACAGGCUUUACACUCCAAAAAGAGAACCUGGAAACACUUGAAGCAAUUAGCUAUUUGGCUUCUGAACUUGGUGUGCUACCUUCAGACUUUAGUUACACAGGCAUUAAAGACAAGAAGGCUUUUACCUACCAAGAUAUGGUUGUAAAGAAAGUGACUCCUAAAAGAUUAAAACAACUUGGAAGCACAAUUGGGAAAAAAGGACUUGGUCUGUCUAAUGUACACUCUGUGAGCCAACCCCUGAGGCUAGGUCAGUUGCAAGGAAAUCACUUUGCUAUUAUCGUGAGAGAUUUAAAACUUCACAGUAAAGACUGUUGUGGGAGCCUAAAAGAGAGGGUUUGUGAAUCAAUGGAGAAUGUCAAGAAAAAUGGUUUUAUAAAUUAUUAUGGAUCUCAACGUUUUGGACAAGGACAGACUAUUCAUACAGAUCAAAUUGGAUUGGCGUUGCUGAAUAAGGAAAUGGUCAAAGCUGUAAAAUUGUUUUUCACACCAGAAGAUUCAGAUGAUCCUGUCAAUAAGGCUAAAAAAUAUUUUCUUCAGACAGAGGAUGCAAAAGGUUCCCUUGCAAUGCUGCCUGACUUUAAAGUAAGAGAGAGGAUGUUACUGCGUGCCUUGAACCGCUAUGGUUUAAAUCACGAGGGAUGUACACGAGGAUGGCUCAGCAUUCCUCACUCCAUGCGUAUUUUCUACGUUCAUGCGUACUGUAGCAAAAUUUGGAAUGAAGCUGUGUCCUACCGGAUUAAAGUCUACGGUACAAGAGUUGUCACUGGUGAUCUGGUCUUUUCUACAGGAUAUAUUGAAAACUGUUCAUUGAAUGACAAGGUCCAUGUUGUAACAUCUGCAGAAGAAAUGGCCAAUAAGUACACAAUAAAUCAAGUUAUUCUCCCAAUGGCUGGAUACAGUGUCCAAUAUCCUGCCAAUAAAGUAGGUGAAUGGUAUCACAAAAGGCUGGCUGGAGAUGGACUUCAGAUGGGCCACUUCCGAAUUCCUGCAUUACAGCUGAAUGUGCCUGGCAGCUACCGACAUAUUCUGAAAUAUCCUCAUGAUCUGUCCUAUAGUUUCUUAGAAAACAGUGGAAAAGAUAUAGGAACUGCAAGCGGGUCUGUACAGGACUCACCACUUUCUCUUUCUGUGUCAUUUUGGCUUGAUCCUUCAUGUUAUGCAACUGUUUGUUUGGGAGAAAUCAUGAAGUGUGCUCUUUAAAGGAAAAAAAAUGUCCCAGUUUACAGUUAUAUUGGGGCACUUGUUAAAUAUGGCAUAAGAUCUAUAGGAAAAGGUGGAGCUGCAAGGAAUGCUUUGAAAUUUAUUUUAUUAAUAUAAUUAUAAAUUUCCCAUGGAUUAGAACAGGAACAAACGUUACUUGGAAAAUGUGAAUUUAUGGACUUUAAAGAGACCAAGGGUUGUUACAGAGGGAUCUUUUCUAAUUCGACCAAUCCACAAAUAUAGUGCACCUGUUCCAUCUUUUUCUCAUUUACAGAUGGGCUUUUUCCUGCUAAGAUGAAAGAAAGCAGUUGGAAGACAUAGAAGGGUUACAAGAUGCCUGGAUACCCUAUAAAAUUCCAUAUUUGAGGCUGAGUAAUUGUAGGAUAAAAGCCUCAUCUGGAAACAUCUGCAGUCUGGAAACAUUCAACCAUUUACAUGGGAGUGAGCCCCAUUUAAAUGAAUGGGAUUUGCCUGUUUAUAAAAAUGUAGGAUUGCAGUGUAAAAAUGUUAUUUGAACUUUACAUGUAGCUCUGAUGGCACAGUGAUUAAAUGUCAGUACUGCAGCCAGUAUUGCAGCCACAAGGUUGUGAGUUCGAUCCCAGGGCUCCAGGGUUGACUCAGCCUUGUAUCCUUCCAUAGAUUGCUAAAAUGAGUACCCAGCUUGUUGAGGGCAAUUAGCUUGCAUAUUGUAAACUGCUUAGAGACUACUUAGUUCAGUAUGAAGCAGUAUAGAAAUGUAAAUGAUAUUGCUAUUGCUAUUAUAUAAAGAACAAGUGAAACAGAAUUAAACGACAAAGUGUAUCAUACUGCUGUAAAAAAAAUGAAACUGAAAAGAGGACGACCAAGUAAGUAUACAUUUGAAGGUAAGAUCCAUGUUUUCAUGAAGAAAAAUGGGAGUGACACACAAUUUCCCAGUCCUUUCCUAAUUGACCAAGAGUACCAUCUUCCAUACAGUUAGAUUUCAGUCCUGUACCUGGAAAGCAAGGUUCGAAUCCCUGCUUAGUUACGAAAAUCCAUUGGGAGACCUUGGACAAGUCAAACUCUCUCAGAGGAUAGCAAGGGCAAACUCCCUUUGAAGAAACAUACUAAGAAAAACCCUGUGAUAGGUACUCCUUAGAGUGACCAUAAGUUGGAAACAAUUUGAAGGCAUACAACACACACAUACCUCAAGGAUAGGCAAAGUGUGACCUUUCAGAUGUUGGACUGUAACACCCAGCAUUUCUUUCCAUUGGUUAUUUUGACUAGGGCUUGAUGGGCGGUAGUGGUCCACUAUUUAGAGGACUAAAUUUUACUGACUUAUUUAGAAUCACAGAAUUGGAGAGUUGGAAGGAGUCCCAAGAGGCAUGUAAUUCCUGCCAAUGCAGAAAAUCCACAAUUAAUGCAUCCCUUACAGAUGGCCAUCUGAACUCUGUUUCCAAACAAGCAAAAAAGGAGAGAUCCUGUCAUGUUUAACUGGAAUAUUCUUUCUUGUAGUUUGAUUCCACUGGUUUAGAUCUUGAUCUCUGGAGCAGCAGAAAACAAAAUUGCUAUUUAUAUGACAGCCCUUCAAAGUGUGUAGAUGGCUGUCAUAGUACCUUUCAGACAUCUCUUUUUAAGAGAAGAGUAAUUUACCUUGAGAGUAAAAAAGCUCUACUGAACAUAGGAGAUUAUUGCACCAGCUUUUAUUCCCUCGCUUAGGCGCAGGGUGUAAAUGCACAGGGAUGGAUUCUAUUGCACAGCUCUGUCACCAGGCAGUACUCAUCCUGUAUCUGUUAAGCAGAAUUUAAUCACAAUGCAGAGUUAACAAAUGGUGGGGUGAGUUGCUGUUUUGGCAGUCUACUUGCAUUUGAAUGAUAUUUGAAAUAGUUUAAGCAGUGUUUUAAACACCUCUCAGCCUCCUGGGUAGCUAGCAAAAUAAUUACAGAGACGCCUUGGUUGCAUGUGUUGCAUUUUGUCUGCAGAUGGCACUGCAACUUUGUAGGACUUAAGCAGGGGAAGCACAUGUGUUACUUGGCACAAUUUUUAAUCUUUUCUUCCCCAGAGGGUGACGGAUCUUAUUCUGUGGGGUGCAGCUUCUGAUUUAAUUUAUUAAGGUUAUGGAGUUGCUUGUGAACUAGAAGUAAAUUUUGGGGAACACAGUCUUUCCCCAUUAGGUGCUUGCCAACUGUAAGUUACAGUACUAAAUGGUUUAUCCAUUGUAGAAAAAAAGUUCUUAGAAGCAUUUUUACUAUAUUUUAAUAGCCCCUUAAAAACCAAGAUAAUAUUUUCUAAUGGAAAAGAAAAAUAGGUUGUACAGUUAUCUGUAUGAUCAUAGUCCAAUGAAGCCUGGUGGUGGGUUUUGAUCCAGACUUUACAGUAGCCAUAGGUUGAGUCUCCCUUAUCCAAAAUGCUUCAGACCUGGUGUAUUUUAGAAUUCAGAGUUUUUCAGAUUUUGGAAUAUUUGUAUAUGCAUAAUGAGAUAUCUUGGAGAUGGGACCCAACUC